CCUACGAUCGAUGCCUCUUGCCCACAGCAGCAGAUCGUUCUCUGCCGCCAACCAGCCCUUCGCAUGCCCGAUCCAUCCCAUCGCCCCCGCCGGACAUCCAUCCCUGUGCCGCGGCCGAUCCUAACCUUCGUCGUCGCCCACUCCCGUCGAUCCCAUCUAUCGUUGCCGCUGCAGCCGGCGCAAAAAAAUCCAUCGACCCCUCCCAUCAAUCGUUGCCGCCGCCGCCGUCCGAGGGGCAGACGCCGCCGCCACCGCCGCAAUACAAGGGGGAGACGCCGCCGCCGCUGCUGCAAGGCAUGGCGGUUUGAAUCCCGCCCCCGCCUCUGCAAGGCAGGGCGGUUUGAAUCCCGCCCCCGCCGCUGCAAGGCAUGCUCACCAAGAUGUUCGGCCAGGCCGGCGACUAGGACGGCAUCCAGUUCGUCUUCAAGAAGAUGCGGGAGGUCGGCAUCAAGCCCUAAAUCUUCGUCUACAAUGCUUUGCUCGAGGCGAUUGGCAAGACCGGCAAGUUGGGGCUGGCCCGCAGCCUGUUCGAGGAAAUGUCCGCCGAGGGGGUCGAGCCCAACGAGCGCACGCGCACCGCGGUGGCCAAGAUCUGUUGACGGGCACGCUGGGGACGCGACGUGCUCCAGCUCUGGGACAAGAUGCGCGACAAGAAGAUCCCCGCCCACAACAUCCUCUGCAACACGCAUGUGCGCCGACGUGGGGCUGGUGGCUGAGGCCGAGCAGUUCUUUGAGGAGAUGAAGCUGGACAAGUGGAGCUACACAGCCAUCAUCAACAUCUAUGGGAGCAUCAAGGACGCCAACCGCGCACUCCAGUUGUUUGUGGAAAUGCUACAGAGCGGCAUAGAGGCCAACAUAAUGAGCUACACCAUCGUGAUCCAGUGCCUCGGCAAGGCGAACUGGAUAGAUGACGCCGUUCUUUGUAACCGCAUCUGGGUCAUAGACGUACAUUCUCAGGUGCACACGCGUCACUGCCUACCGCUACCUUCCUUGCCGGCGGUGGACGGCGCCGCGUUUCCGGAUUAGGGGGGACUGGCCGAACCGCGAUCGCGCCUUCGCCACGGCUGAGGGGAGCGAAAGCCACACUGCCGCACUCCCGGCCACGGGCCACAACCUGCGGGCCUUCGUCCGUCAGGGCCUGGACGCUUCUGCUACUCCACUCCUUGUGCGAACACAUCGACACAUAUUAGCGCCCGACUGUGCCACCAAGCUCAAAUCAGGGGCUGCAAGAUUCCAUCACUAGUCUUCGUGUGGUUGUCUUGGUCUUGGAUUGUAAAGCCCAGUUUGGGAUUUUGCUACAACUGCUCAUUCAGUGAGGAUUCUGAUCGAAGACGAUCAGAAGGAGAAAGGACUUUGCCCAAGUAACUCCAGCUGGUUAUAUUGACACACUAUAUGAAUGUAACGCCAUACAGAGGCAUGUUUCAUGUGUGGCAGAGGACUAGAGGUAAUUAAAACUUCAUCUGAGGAAGCAAUCUACAAAGUCAAGUGGAGCAAUAGCGUCCAAGCAGUCUUGUUGCUAUGUUCUUGCUUUUGCUGUACACAAAGAGGCCGGGACUGAGCAAGGGCGCUGGAGAUAUUGUGUCAAUAGUGGGCAUCUUGAUGCAGUUGUGCUUGUCGAGGUUGAG